ACCACAUCUUUUGUUCCCCCUUGUUGGUUAUAUCCUAAUGUCAAAUGUGGUCAUACCUUUGUGGCACCCUCCUGUCUUCCAACCAGAGGGGAUGCACUGACUGCUCCUGUUGUGGACAGGUUUGGUUGGUGGUGUAAUUGGCUUCUGGGGAACCUGAUACAAAGAGUGACUAUGUGUAGCCUUUUCUCUGUGUCUUUGUCUGAGGAGUUGUGUUGAGUCCUGAUAUUGAUACAGACCAUGUUGCUCCUGCUGCUGAUACUGAACCUGAGCUCACAACUUCAUCACAUAGCAGCUUUAUUCACGGUGACAGCCCCUAAGGAGGUGUACACCGUAGACUUCGGCAGCAGUGUGAGCCUGGAGUGUGAUUUUGACCGCAGAGAAUGCACCGAGCUAGAAGGAGUAAGAGCCAGUUUGCAGAAGGUAGAAAACGAUACUUCUUCACAAAGUCAAAGAGCCACCCUGCUGGAAGAGCUGCUUCCCCUGGGGAAGGCUUCGUUCCACAUCCCCAGUGUCCAAGUGAGAGAUUCAGGGCAGUACCGUUGUCUGGUCAUCUGCGGGGCCGCCUGGGACUACAAGUACCUGACGGUGAAAGUCAAAGCUUCUUACGUGAGGAUAGACACUGGGAUCCUAGAGGUUCCAGGGACAGGGGAGGUGCAGCUCACCUGCCAGGCUAGAGGUUACCCCCUAGCAGAAGUGUCCUGGCAAAACGUCAGUGUUCCUGCCAACACCAGCCACAUCAGGACCCCCGAAGGCCUCUACCAGGUCACCAGUGUUCUGCGCCUGAAGCCUCAGCCUAACAGAAACUUCAGCUGCAUGUUCUGGAAUGCUCACAUGAAGGAGCUUACUUCAGCCAUCAUUGACCCUCUGAGUUGGAUGGAACCCAAAGCCCCCAGAACAUGGUCACUUCAUGCUUUCAUCCCGGCCUGCACUGUCGCUCUCAUCUUCCUAGCCACAGUGAUAGUCCAGAGAAAGAGGCUCUGGGGAAAGCUGUAUUCUAGAAAAAGAUCUGAUCCUGCGGUCUCGGGAGUUGGGAAGAUCCAAUAGGAAAUCCUCAAGAAGCUUCUGGACUCAAAGUGAGAAUCUAGCAGAGCCGCCAUUUGCACUUUUCGAAUGCUGAUCAGGAGCUUGCAGGACUGGCAAGACUGCCUUCCCUUCCUCUCAAGACUCUCUGAACAAAAACAACCACAAUGGCACCCUAGAGUCCCCCCCCCCGGGUAUCCUGGACCCCAGUGAAGCCCUUCCUGGCUUCCAGGGUGAAAACAAAAGGAAUUGUUCUUCCCCUUCCCCCUGCAUUCCACAGGGAGACAAGGAAAUCCCCAGUUACUAAAAUAGAUUGUGUCGAUAAUAGAGUUUUUUAAUAUCUGUCAUUUCCUCUGGGGAUUUGGAAGUUUCAGAAAGGGUUUUUAGUAAACAAAGUCGUAACUGGCGUGUUUCACUGCGUCCUAGAAUCCUGGCAGCCUCUGAAGUUCUGACUAUCAGGAAGCAUUUGAGUACACAACUGUGGAAUUUGUUUCUACUUUUCUUUUUUUUAAAGCUGAGUCACAAGGCAUUUGUUGUAACCUGUGAUGUCACUGUUUAUUGAUCUGUUCUCUUUCAACUACAUCUUUU